UAUAUAAUUACCAUGUCUAUUCAUAUAUGAUAAUGUUAUUACACUCUUUAUCGAUUUUAUUAAAUAUAUUUACAUUAUCAAAAAUUCGCUUGAAAUCUAUGAUCUUAUAGUUACACACUUGAUGAUAUAAUUAAUAUCUUCUACUCUUUGAUAGUUGUAACUUACAACAAUUGGUACGUUCAGUUAUCUCCUGUAUUUGAAAUUUUAUAAGCAUACUAAUAUUUGAUCCUCAUAAAUGUAAAUUAAGUAGGAAACAAAAGUACUUGGCGUUGUAAGUAAGAGUGAACAUUAUUAUCAUCAAUCAGUAGAGAUCAAUGAGACAGUUCAAUAAGACUUAAAAAUCCAAUAAUAUUACCAGCUUUCAUAUUGAGAGGUGAUAGCACUGUAUUAUUUUUAAGUAAUUUCAUAUGCUAUUAUGAGUUGUUGCUGAUAUUUGUUUAUACUCUUACCCAAUACGAAUUCGAUUAUAUUUUGGAUGGUUAAAAUAAACACUUGGCUUUCUGCGAAUAUUUUCAAGUAUCUAUAGAAAAUUGAAUGAUAUGAAAUUACAUAUAAGAACUUUAAUUUAUAAGUGAAUGAAUAUUAGAAUAAUAAGAGAAAUUAUAGUACUCUAGAUGUUAGUAAUGCUGUUAUAAAUAUCCGGCAAUAUUAAUAACACGCUUUAAUAAUACUUGUAUAAUAUGUAUUACAUUAUGUAAAAAAUUAUUUGCAAUAAACAACUUUUUGCAAUACGUCGAAUUUACUAAUUACGAAGUAAAUUUUAUAUUUUGAAAAUUAUAAAUUAACUUCGCAGAACAAAGUGCGUGAAUCUGGAUUAAGUAAUAUAUCUAUAUUCGUACAUGACCUGCAGUGUUACUUUCUGAAGUGUAUAAAGGAAAAAAAAACAGAAUUCAAUUAUGGUUGGAAUGAGGAAGAUGACAAUAACAUCUAACGGUGAAAACUGUUUGAAUAGUUGUUCGAUGCUAGGAGAAAGAAGUGAGUACUUGUAUAUGUAAAUGAGAAAGAAUAAUGAAAUACUAAUAAAUGACAAAAAUUGUUUGUUGCAGCCUCAUUCAUUUUAACGUCGUUCAUUACGGGAUGCCCAACAGUUGAGAAUUCCAGUUGUUUCAGUACCUGCCUCUACGUAGACGUUAAACCUGGCAAACUACCCUUGAUAUUUACUUUUUUUUCAAGUUCUACCGUCCUACCCCUACCUCCUAAUUAUAAAUGUGCACCUAGUGGGGGAUACGGCGGCAAUUGCCUACCUGUUUUUCUUCAUGUUCAUACGAGCUAGCCGUUAUUGUGAAUUUUCGAGCUUCUAUAAGAACUUUGUGAGCAUUUUGUUACAAAAAUUGAGAACAACACAUUAAAUAAUUACGUAUUGAACUGCUUAAAUAUCAUCGAAAGGUAUGCGUGUCAAAAGUCAUAGAAUUGUAAUAGUUGUUCGUUUAUUUUGAAAGACAAGAAAGUUAUAUCCAAGGUAUGGAAAACGAAAUAUUCUAUAAGCAAGAAGAUGUGGAUAAACUGGAAGAAGAGAUCAACGAGCUCCAUGCAUUUAUAGCCGAAAAAAGCGAAGAUAUCGAAUUGUUGGAAGAAAAAUUGCGGGAGAAAAAUAUGCAAUUGGCAGAGCGAGAAGAUAAAAUACAACAUAUGCAGGAAGAAAUUAAUUAUUUGAAAAAUAGAAACGUGAUAUUACUAGAUGAAAUUAAAUCAAUAAAAAAACCUGAAGAACCUGAUACUAACGACAAUAUUGAUUCGAAAGACGGUCAACGAGAUAUAAUAAAAGAACAGCUGUCAACUAAGGAUCAGAACACACAAACAGAUGAUAAAAAAGAUGAGAAUCAGGCAGAAGAAAGAAUUAUUGCAUUAGAAAAAGAGAACAGAGAAUUGAGAACAACGGAAAUUACAAGUUGCAUACAGAGUCAGUUGAGCUUGAACUGAACGAUAUCUGUACUA